UAAAAAUUAUAAUAAUAAUAAUAAUAAUGUUUAGAUGUGUUAACGGAGCAGUUAUUCAGCGCGAGCGACUUCCUGCCGAGUGAGUCUCUCGCGCUGUGUUUGUGUUUGUGGAGGAUACGUGACCGUUAUUUAUUCGAUUUUUUUUUAAACCGGAGCAGCUGUUCUUUAUAAAGAUGAUUUGGAGGUAUUCUUCUUGUUUUAGGGCGUUUACGUGUUAAAUAUGGAUUUCUGACACGCACCGGGACGGUAAGGACGACACGGAGCUGAGUAAGCUAACGGCUAACCGGGGGAGAUAAAGAACAGCCCCGAGGCGGAUGCGACAGAGCCGCAGUGAUGGUUGUUGUGUGUGUAAGGUAGUGAAUGAUGUGGGCUCGGACAGCAGCGCGAUGAUAAAACAUCUCUCCAGUUCCAGUGUGGUAUGAGGAGCUCUCCGGUCUCGGGCUAAACACACACCGGAACCGUUUACAUCUCUUCACUUCAUCCGGAACGACCAUGGACGAUACCGGCAUCAUCCGGCGCAGGAGGCUGCAGAAGGAUCUUCCUCUGCCACGUAAAAGCAGCAGUUGCCGUGCCAGUAACAGGAAGAGUCUGAUCCUCACCUCGACUUCGCCCACUUUACCUCGUGCUCACUCUCCUCUGCCUGGACACCUCGGAAGCAGCCCGUUGGACAGCCCUCGCAACUUCUCUCCCAGCAAUCCGGCUCACUUCUCCUUCAGCGCCUCCUCCAGACGGGAUGGUCGCCGCUGGUCUCUGGCUUCUCUUCCUUCUUCCGGUUAUGGCACCAACACACCCAGCUCAACGUCGUCCAGUUCGUCUCAGGAGCGUCUGCACCAGUUGUCCUAUCAGCCCUCCAUGGACGAGCUGCUGUUCCUGUCCAAACACUUCGGCAGUAAUGAGAGCAUGACGGAUGAUGACGGGGGGCGGAGCUCUCCACACACACGCCCACGCUCACGCAGCCUUAGCCCCGGGAGAUCUGCUUCCUGCAUCGACAACGAGAUCAUGAUGAUGAACCAUGUGUACAAAGAGCGCUUCCCGAAGGCGACGGCUCAGAUGGAGGGGCGUUUAGCAGACUUUAUCCACUCGUUCUGUCCGGACAGUGUGCUCCCUCUGGCUGACGGGGUCCUGAGCUUCAUCCACCACCAGAUCAUCGAGCUGUCCCGAGACUGCCUGAACAAAUCCCGAGACGACGUCAUCACCACCGUAUACUUCUACGAGCUGCAGGAGAACCUCGACAAACUGCUGCAUGAUGCGUACGAGCGGUCAGAGAGUUCAGAGCUGACCUUCAUCACUGAGCUGGUGAAGAAGCUCCUCAUCAUCGUCUCUCGCCCAGCACGGCUCUUGGAAUGUCUGGAGUUUAACCCAGAGGACUUUUACCACCUGCUAGAGGCAGCCGAGGAUCACGCCAAAGAGGGACACCUGAUGAAGACGGACAUCCCACGCUACAUUAUCAGCCAGCUCGGCCUGACCAGAGACCCUCUGGAGGAAAUGGUCAAUCUGGAGAGUUAUGACAGUGAGGGACCCCUCACACCCGAGACGGACGACUCUACAGAGGGGAAGAUGAAGGUGAUGAAGCCUCCCGGAGAAGCCGACUUCCAGACCAUCAAACUGAUCAGCAACGGUGCAUAUGGGGCGGUGUACCUAGUGCGUCAUCGGGAGACCCGUCAGCGUUUCGCCAUGAAGAAGAUCAACAAGCAGAACCUGAUCCUGAGGAACCAGAUCCAGCAGGCCUUUGUGGAGAGAGACAUCCUCACGUUCGCCGAGAACCCAUUCGUGGUCAGCAUGUUCUGCUCCUUUGAGACCCGCAGACACCUCUGUAUGGUUAUGGAGUACGUGGAAGGAGGAGACUGCGCCACACUGCUGAAGCACAUCGGAGCUCUGCCUGUAGAGUUGGCACGCAUGUACUUUGCAGAGACCGUCCUUGCUCUCGAAUACAUCCACAACUAUGGCGUGGUGCACCGAGACCUCAAACCUGACAAUCUGUUGAUCACAUCUAUGGGACACAUUAAACUGACGGAUUUUGGUUUGUCUAAAAUGGGUCUGAUGAGUCUCACAACAAACCUGUAUGAGGGCCACAUCGAGAAGGACACCAGGGAGUUUCUAGAUAAACAGGUGUGUGGCACGCCCGAGUACAUCGCCCCAGAGGUGAUCUUACGGCAGGGGUAUGGGAAACCUGUGGACUGGUGGGCCAUGGGCAUCAUCCUCUAUGAGUUCCUGGUGGGAUGUGUGCCUUUCUUUGGGGACACACCUGAGGAACUGUUUGGCCAGGUUAUCACAGAUGACAUUGUGUGGCCUGAAGGUGAUGAAGCACUACCAGUCGACGCCCAGCACCUCAUCUCUGCCCUGCUGCAGACCAACCCACUGCACCGCCUGGGCACAGGAGGUGCAGUAGAAGUGAAGCAUCAACCGUUCUUUGCUGAUUUGGACUGGAACAGUUUACUGAGGCAGAAAGCUGAGUUUGUACCUCAACUCGAAUCGGAGGAGGACACCAGCUACUUCGACACACGUUCAGACCGUUACCAUCACAUUCACUCGUUUGAUGAAGACGACACCAACGAUGACGAGCCCGUCGAGAUCCAUCGUUUCUCCUCCUGCUCCCCUCGCUUCAGCAAGGUGUACAGCAGCAUGGAGCACCUAUCCCAGCUGGAUCACAAGCCUGUGGUGACCCGCCGGGAGCCGAGAAGUCAUCGAGAGGACCGGGCAAAGAGGGAGAGCCUGGGCAGCUUCACUCUGAGAGACAAAACAUGGAGGACUGGCUCUCCUGAGAUGAAGCGCCUGUCCUGCUCAGAGUACUCCUUCACCGAGUCUGACUCCAGUCCCCCUGGUGUCCGCCGCCGUUUUUCUGCUCUCAUGGACACACACCGUGUCUCUUCUCCUCUAGAGACGGACACGGACACACACAUUCGCCACGCGCCGGUCAAAACCAGAGGGACGUCGCUAGAGGGCGCAACGAUGGCAUCUGGCUCAGGUGUGGGCGCCGCCGAAUCCUCCACUGCGGCACUAGCGGCACAUGGAUUAGAUAAACUCCUGAAGCCUGCAGACGCAGCUGUGACGUCAGCACCGUUCGGACCCAGGGCCCCGAGUGACGUGGUUCUGCGGCGAGCGCGACAUCAACACCUCUCUACUGAUGGAGAGAAACACACUCAGACUCGCUCAGGCACCAAGGUCAUAAAGUCAGCCUCUGCCUCGGCCUUAUCUGUCAUUAUACCCGCAGUGGAGCAGCAUGGGACGUCCCCAUUGGCCAGCCCCAUGUCUCCCCGGUCCAUAUCAUCCAACCCGUCGUCCCGCGACUCGUCCCCCAGCCGGGACUACUCUCCAUCCGUCAGCACUCUGCGCUCUCCCAUCACCAUCCAGCGCUCGGGGAAGAGGUACGGCUUCACGCUGCGCGCCAUCCGAGUCUACAUGGGGGACACCAAUGUCUACAGUGUCCACCACAUGGUCUGGCACGUGGAGUGUGGAGGCCCCGCCCAGGAAGCAGGUCUGUGUGCCGGUGACCUCAUCACACACGUGAACGGAGAGUCUGUGCACGGGCUGGUUCAUACAGAAGUGGUGGAGCUGAUUCUGAAGAGUGGGAAUAAAGUGACCGUGACCACGACUCCGUUCGAGAACACGUCCAUUAAGAUCGGACCGGCGCGAAAGCCCAGCUCCAGGGCCAAAAUGGCACGACGCAAUAGGAAAUCCAUCACCAAGGAGGGACAGGACAGCAAGAAGCGAAGCUGUUUGCUCCGUAAGAUCACUAAGCAGUCGAACCUGCUCCACACCAGCCGCAGUCUUUCAUCUCUGAAUCGCUCGCUGUCGUCCGGUGACAGUCUCCCAGGCUCUCCCACUCAUGGCCUGUACGCCCGCUCACCCCCUGACUCCGCCCACCUCGGCAUGUCGUCCCAGAGCAGCUCCCCAGCGUCCUCCACUCCAAACUCUCCAGCUACGUCUCAUCACAUGCGCCCAAGCUCUCUACACGGCCUGUCCCCUAAACUGCAGCGGCAGUUCCGCUCAUCUCGCUGUAAAUCAGCCGGGAGCGUCCCUCUCUCCCCACUGGCACACACUCCCUCACCAAGCACGCCCAGUGCCACACCCGCUUUCCCCGCCAAGCUGCACUCCUCGCCGCCAAUAACACGGCCCCGCUCACCUCUCCUCACACGGGUGCAGUCGACCGAGAAGCCGGCUCCGCCCUCUCCCCCAUUGUUUGCCUCCUUUCCAUCGACAGCGGAGAAAAAAGGUGGCCUGAGGAAACAUGGCGUGGAGGAAUACCGCAUGCUGCAAAGCCUGCUGGAGAUCGAAGGUGAGAACACACUCUCAGACACGCUUCAGGCGACAAACAAGCAGGACUCGCCUCCCGUUCCUGACUUGACACUAAGCAAGAAGGACAAACCAUCUGAAGCAACAGGAACAACAAGUUCUUCUCAAAUGCACGAUUCCAUCAAAGCCAUAACUACGGCAAAGCCAGACAAAUUUGCGUCAAAGAGCCCGGCUAUGCAGGCUUCAACCUCCGAUGUGAAAGAAAAACCUGGAGGAAAGAUGCCAUUACUGAGCAUAGACACUGUUGUGCCAAAAACACCAGAGGGGCAGGCUGAGGGUGGAAAAGAGCGAGAAAAAGGAAAAGCAGCAUGGGAGAAUGACUCGAAAACUAAACCUGGGCUCGUGGAAUUGGGCAAGUGUGUGAAAACCCCCCAAACAGUAGAGGUUAGAGUGGAAGUCGGGAGCGGAGGUGGCAAGUGCAAGGCUAAAGCUCCAGCACCUCCAGUGACGGACGUAGGUGUACUCCAAAUGAAAUCCAAAGAGGAGAAGAAUUCGGUCCAUUCCGGUUCGAUCCGAACCCUCCGAGACGAGCGCUCUCACUUGGAGGUUUUGGAGGAAAGCCCGGCUUCCCCGUCUCCUUCCACUCCAUCUCCCAGCACUGGAAAAUCCCGCACCAUCUCCCCCGGUGACCGCUCGAGCUUCGUCACUCAGCUCACCAGCGUGGCCAAAACCGUGCUCGGGCCCAUGAAGUUGGGAUCACAGGACGGGGGGAAAGGGAAGGACUCGAGCACCAAAAUGAGCGAGGACAAGCGGGCUGGGACGUUGGGCAAAUCUGAGGCAUCAUCUGGGGCCUGGCGCAUAGCUACGGGAACGUGGCCUGGACCAGGAUCCUCCAAAUCGAAGAGCUCUAACAAGCAUUCCUGAACUUCCUGCUUGUGACGUUUGGCGAGAGAUGUGAAGUAAGAGAUACUUAAGCGAUGACCCAAUUCUUCCACAACCACCAAAUCAACACUUAUCCAAUACAAAAAAAGGUGCUCUCAGUCUGUUGUUGUUAGAUGCGUGUGUGUGUCUAGACGGUUUUUAAAGAUGCAGUAUGUAACUUUUAAGGAUUCACAGAAAAACAUUUUGUAACCUUGGUAGUAGCAAGUAACACGUCUGUUUACAUUCAAUUAAUAUCAAAGUAAUGCCCAGGGUCGUGGUGUCAAGCCUUGAUGACCUUUGACCUUUGAGUCAGAAUAACUCAUUUACUGUUUUAGGCUUUUCAGGGCAAUGUCUGGAUUUUGCAAAGUUCAUUAAGGGUUAAGUUAGAUUUAGUCAGUUAGUCGCACAUUUGACCAUGUGACGUCAGUUUGACAAAUGUUAGCUUGAUAGCAAAUUUAGCUACAAAGUAACACAAUUAUCAAUUGCAAUUAUCUUUAUUAAAAAGAAGUUAUAUACUGCAGCUUUAAUGUAAAUGUAACACCAGAUUAGUGUACAGCAUAAAAAGCGCUGUCUGUGUAGCUGCAUGUUAGAUAUUGUGAAUAGAAAAGAAAUUAACAGAGAAUAGGAUAUGUAAAAAAAUAAUAAUAAUAAUAAUACUACGCAAAGACCUGAUGCUAGUGAACAUAGUACACAUCCGAUUGUCAUAACUGCCCGGUCUCUAUAGCAACAGCAUGUCUGUGAUGUCAUAUCAAAUGCUCUCGACACUGAUAGGUGGCAGAACCUGUCAAUCAUCUCUCUAUAGCAAAAUGACAAAUAAAUAAAUAUAUCAGCAUACUUGAAGAUGCACAAUACACAAUCUGAGGUUUGCUAAUAAGGUGGAAUGAACGCAAUGCUAUAUUUCAGUUCUUACACUCGUAAACACCUGAUUGGUCCUGCAACAUUUCCAGCUUGCUACUGAUCCAUUUCCUUAACGACACCUGUGGUACACACAGAGAGUGGGUGAGGCGUAAAUGAAGUGUUUAAUGUCCCAGAGAAUGUGGAGUAAAAUAGUAAAAUAUUUUAAAUGUUUGUAUGACACCACAGCGAGGUGUUCUAUUAAACUAAUGUUCUAGUGGGCGUGGGCAACUGUUCUAAUGAGCAGGCUUGAUUGACAGCCUCUUUAAUUAAGACUCCCAAAAAUCAGGAUUGUUUAAUCCUCCAUUUACCAACUCCCAAUUAUAGUUAUCACAGAAGCUACACUUUUAGUACAUGAGCUUUCUCUCGCUAAUGUUGGCUUUCUCUGUUGACUUUCUCUCGCUAAGGUUGGCUUUCUCUCUCUCGCUAAGGUUGGCUUUCUCUCACUAAGGUUGGCUUUCUCUCUCUCACUAUUGUUAGCUUUCUCUCACAAAGGUUGGCUUUCUCUCUCUCACUAAGGUUGGCUUUCUCUGUUAGCUUUCUCUCUCACUAAGGUUGGCUUUCUCUGUUAGCUUUCUCUCACAAAGGUUGGCUUUCUCUCUCUCACUAAGGUUGGCUUUCUCUGUUAGCUUUCUCUUGCUAAGGUUGGCUUUAUCUCUCUCACUAAUGUUAGCUUUCUCUCACUAAGGUUGGCUUUCUCUGUUAGCUUUCUCUCACUAAGGUUGGAUUUCUCUCUCGCUAAGGUUGGAUUUCUCUGUUAGCUUUCUCUCGCUAAGGUUGGCUUUCUCUCUCUCACUAAGGUUGGAUUUCUCUGUUAGCUUUCUCUUGCUAAGGUUGGCUUUAUCUCUCUCACUAAUGUUAGCUUUCUCUCACUAAGGUUGGCUUUCUCUCUCUCACUAAGGUUGGCUUUCUCUGUUAGCUUUCUAUCGCUAAGUUUUGCUUUCUCUUGCUAAGGUUAGCUUUCUCUCUCUCUCUGGUAAGCUUUCUCUCACUAAGGUUAGCUUUCUCUUGCUAAGUUAUCUUUCUCUCUCUCUCUCUCUAAGGUCACUGAGGUUAACUUUUUCUAUAAGCUUAGCUUUCUCUCACUAGGUUAGUUUUCUAUCACUAGGUUAGUUUUCUCUCAUUAAUGUAAGCAUUCUCUCUGAGGUUAACUUUUUCUAUAAGUUUAGCUUUCUCUCAAGGGG